AUGUCUCUGAUUCUGUUGGUGUUGCUAUGUGCAGUGAGAUUCAACACGAUCAGUUGCUGCCAUGAGAGGGAUCGAAGUUCACUGUUAAGCUUCAAACAAGGCGUCGUUGAUCCCUCCAACCUCCUCUCUUCUUGGUCCACUCUCCCAGAUUGCUGCCAAUGGGAUGGAGUUCAGUGUGACCACAACAACAGAGUCUUCGGUCUUUCUCUGUCAGCAGAAUACUUAAGAGGUUAUGAAAACGCGUACCACAGACACUACUAUGUCGAUCGAAUAAGCAACAAUCAUUCAGAAUCACUGAGAGGUGAAAUCAACUUAUCUUCUUUACUUGCUCUUGAAUUUCUCGAACGGUUGAAUUUGGGCGACAAUGACUUUGAACGCAUAAGCAUGGCGCCUAUCAAUAAUUCUGUUGCAACUCAUACUCAUUUGCCACACAAUUCUUCUAAGCUUUUGCUGCUGAGUUUAUCAUACAAUAUUCAUCUCCACAUUGAUAAUCUUCAUUAUUGGCUCUCCCGACUUCCUUCCUUGACAUCUCUCGACCUCAGUGGCGUUCAUCUUCCUAGUGAAACCAAUUGGGUUCAAUCAUUGGCCUCGCUACCUCUCAAUGAUUUAAAUUUGUGUGAUUGUAAUUUGACCACCUCUAUUCUGCCUUUCCAACAUGCCAAUUUUAGCUCACUUUCAUAUCUCGAUCUUAGUCUGAAUGAUUUAACAUUUGGAUUACCUAAUUGGUUGUUCAAUCUUAGCAAAGAUCAUCUCCAUAGUUUUUAUCUCAGUCAAUGCAAUUUGAGAGGUCAAAUUCCAGAUCUUUCAGGCUAUCGAAAUCUGAUGUCGUUAGAUCUAUCCAACAACAAACUCAAAGGGUCAAUACCUAAGUGGCUUGGCCAGCUUCAUAGACUAACCAUCCUUGAUCUAUCUAAUAACUCGUUUCACGGUUCCAUUCCUUCUGAUCUCCUAAACGCAUCAGCUUUAUUAGACUAUUUAGAUAUUAGCUUCAACAACUUGAGUGGUCCGCUCCCAAACAUUCUUGGCCAAAAUAAAUCUGCCAACUCAAUUGGAGUGGAUAUAUCGAACUUGUUUCCCAGAACAGCUUUGAAAAUAUUUAUGUCAUUUAAUAAAUUUGAAGGAAGGCUUCCUCGAGUACAAAAUUGGGUCCAAGCUUUGGAUUUAUCUUACAACUAUUUCUCGGGAUCAUUAUAUAGUUCAUUGUGUCACUCUGAGACUAAUCAGUCUGUUUUGGAGUAUUUGGACCUGUCAAAUAAUUAUCUCACUCAAGAACUUCCAGAUUGCUGGAACAGUCGGAGAUAUUUGGUUUACAUAUACUUGGAGAAUAAUCAGUUGACUGGUCGAGUUCCAGCAAUGAUGGGUUCAUCAUUACCUCGCCUAAGGGCACUAGAUCUACAUAAUAAUGACUUUUCUGGUGAUAUACCUUCGACUUUCAAUAAUUGCACGUAUUUGGUGCUUCUCAAUUUAGAAGAAAACAACUUCUCUGGAGGAUCAAUCCCUCACUGUCUACACAACGCAACCAGUUUGGCUUCCCUUAAAAAUGUUUUAGACUUCCGUACAGGUCCUCGUCCUCCGUCAGAUUAUACCAUGCCAACUGCAAAAGAAUUCAUGAAAAUUGAUUUGCAUAUAAAGGGUCAACAAUUAGACUACGGGAAAACUCUAAAGUUGGUGAGAAGUAUUGACCUAUCAGCUAACAGGCUAUCAGGAGAAAUUCCUGUACAGUUGUUCAAGCUCACCAAGUUACAAUCACUGAACUUGUCUUACAAUUAUUUGAUAGGAGAGAUACCAGAGCAGAUUGGAGAGAUGAAAGAUCUAGAAUCUUUUGAUUUGUCCCACAACAAUCUUCAUGGGAAUAUUCCUCAGAGCAUGGCCGGUCUAUCUUUUCUCGAUGUUUUGAAUAUGUCAUACAACCAUUUCAGCGGCCAAAUUCCAUUGGGCACUCAGCUUCAGAGUUUUGAUGCAUGGAGUUACGCUGGAAAUCCUGAGCUUUGUGGGCCUCCUCUUCAAAAGAACUGCACAAUACCAGAUAAUACAGAGAAAGUUGAAGAAAAUGAGGAUGAUGGUUUUUUGAAGUCAUUGUAUCUUGGAAUGGGCGUUGGCUUUGCUGUGGGAUUCUGGGUAGUUUCUGGUUCAUUGUUGCUGAACAAAGCAUGGAGGCACUCUUAUUUUCGAUUUUUUAAUGGUGUGGUUGAUCGAAUCUAUGUUAUUGUGGCCAUAAAGCUUCAAAGAUUCCACUGAAUGGGGAUAGACUG